ACCCGCGCCGGGGCGGGGGCGGGGCCAAGAUGGCGCCGAGCUCCGGCUGAGCGGCGCUCGGGCUGUGGUGAGAGGGCUUUUCUGCCUGUCCCGGGCGGCUGGGACUGGUACCCGGAAGGGGACCUCUUCAGGGUCCCCCCCACCUUCCACCGUCCUGUGUGGGGCUGUGUGCCCGUGUUCGUGCGGGCUUUCGUGUGUGAGCUUGCCUAGACUGGACGCUGGGAGAAGAUGGGGUGGGCUCUCUGAGGAUCUGCGACCCGCUUCUCUCUGCUGGGGAAAACUACCGCACCGAUCCGAUCGAGCUCCUCUGAGAAGCCGGCCCGCCGCCUGCACGGAUCCCAGGAGCUCCUGAGGCCGGAGCGUGUUUUAUGAGGCUUUCCUGGCAAGAGGGCACUUGAGGGGUGCUGGAGAAUUAGGAAUUCGCCGGGGAGCUGGGACACGACCCCUACUUGUAUACCCGGCACCAGGCACGGACCUCAACCUGCAAGGAGGAGGGCUUCUCCAGAAUGGCUGAGGAGAAGAAACUGAAGCUUAGCAAUACUGUGCUGCCCUCGGAAUCCAUGAAAGUGGUGGCCGAAUCCAUGGGCAUCGCCCAGAUUCAGGAGGAGACCUGCCAGCUGCUGACAGACGAGGUCAGCUACCGCAUCAAGGAGAUCGCUCAGGAUGCUCUGAAAUUCAUGCACAUGGGAAAGCGGCAGAAACUCACCACCAGCGACAUUGACUAUGCCCUGAAGCUGAAGAACGUCGAGCCCCUCUAUGGCUUCCAUGCUCAGGAGUUCAUUCCUUUCCGUUUUGCCUCUGGCGGCGGACGGGAGCUUUACUUCUAUGAAGAGAAGGAGGUUGAUCUGAGCGACAUCAUCAACACCCCUCUACCCCGGGUGCCCCUGGACGUCUGCCUCAAAGCUCACUGGUUGAGCAUUGAAGGAUGCCAGCCAGCUAUACCAGAGAACCCACCCCCAGCUCCCAAAGAACAGCAGAAGGCCGAGGCCACGGAACCCCUCAAGUCCGCAAAACCCGGACAAGAUGAAGAUGGACCCCUGAAAAGCAAGGGGCAAGGGGCCGCGCCAACUGACAGCAAAGGGAAAGAGAAGAAGGCACCUCCCUUGCUGGAGGGGACACCUUUGCGCCUGAAGCCCCGCAGCACCCACGAGCUGUCCGUGGAGCAGCAGUUGUACUACAAGGAGAUUACCGAAGCCUGUGUGGGCUCCUGCGAGGCCAAGAGAGCAGAGGCUCUACAGAGCAUUGCUACAGACCCAGGGCUCUACCAGAUGCUGCCACGAUUCAGCACCUUCAUCUCGGAGGGGGUCCGUGUGAACGUGGUUCAGAACAACCUGGCCCUGCUCAUCUACCUGAUGCGCAUGGUGAAGGCCCUGAUGGACAACCCUACGCUCUAUCUAGAAAAAUACGUGCAUGAGCUGAUUCCAGCCGUGAUGACCUGCAUCGUGAGCAGGCAGCUGUGCCUGCGGCCGGAUGUAGACAAUCACUGGGCACUCCGGGACUUUGCUGCACGCCUGGUGGCCCAGAUCUGCAAGCAUUUCAGCACAACGACCAACAACAUCCAGUCCCGGAUCACCAAGACCUUCACCAAGAGCUGGGUGGAUGAGAAGACUCCGUGGACAACUCGUUAUGGCUCCAUCGCAGGCCUGGCGGAGCUGGGACAUGAUGUGAUCAAGACUCUGAUCUUGCCACGGCUACAGCAGGAGGGGGAGCGGAUCCGCAGCGUCCUGGAUGGUCCCGUGCUGAGCAACAUUGACCGCAUCGGAGCUGACCACGUGCAGAGCCUCCUCCUGAAACACUGUGCCCCUGUCCUGGCCAAGCUGCGCCCACCACCCGAUAAUCAAGACGCCUAUCGGGCGGAAUUUGGGUCCCUUGGGCCCCUCCUCUGCUCACACGUGGUCAAGGCACGGGCCCAAGCUGCUCUGCAGGCCCAGCAGGUCAAUAGGACUACACUGACCAUCACACAGCCUCGGCCCACACUGACCCUCUCGCAGGCCCCACAACCUGGCCCUCGGACCCCUGGCUUGCUGAAGGUGCCAGGCUCCAUCACGCUGCCUGUUCAGACAUUGGUGUCUGCACGAGCUGCUGCCCCACCCCAGCCUUCCCCUCCUCCAACCAAGUUUAUUGUCAUGUCAUCCUCUAGCGCGUCAUCCACCCAACAGGUUCUCUCCCUCAGCACCUCAGCCCCUGGCUCAGGCUCCACCACUACCUCUCCUGUCACCACCACAGUCCCCAGCGUGCAGCCCAUCGUCAAGCUGGUCUCUACGGCCACCUCUGCACCCCCAAGCACUGCUCCUUCUGGUCCAGGCAGUGUCCAGAAAUACAUUGUGGUCUCACUCCCCCCUACAGGGGAGGGCAAGGGGGGUCCUGCCUCCCAUCCUUCUCCAGUUCCUCCCCCAUCAUCUUCCCCCUCCCCCUUGGGGGGCAGUGCCCUCUGUGGGGGAAAACCAGAAGCAGGGGACAGUCCCCCUCCAGCCCCAGGAACUCCAAAGGCUAAUGGCUCCCAGCCCUCUGGAUCAGGCUCCCCUCAGCCUGCUCAAUGACGCCCCCUGUGUGCUGCCCUCCUCUCCCAUGGAGCCCUUCACAUCAUGUGGGGUGGAAGGAUGGAGGAGGCUUCUGCCCCAAUGUGACUUUCUUUUUAGACAUUGUACAGCCGUUUGCUCAAAAUAAAAGUUCAAUUUGUAAGCA